AUGGAGGCCCCUGAUCUUUCACAAAUAGACGAUGAGGAGGUCUUGACCCUUGUGUUGCUCGACUCAACACAUCCCCAGAUCGUGGCUACUGCGACUGAGACAAAAAACACCCUCUUAGUGUCAGCAAAUCAGGUCUUGAAAUGGCUGGAGGAGAGAAAAGAUGCUUUCGCUCGUUUCACAGAGCCAACAGAAGGAGAAAAGAAACUCGAGGGAGGAAUCAGCAGAGACGAUGUUGACAAACUGCUGAAGAGGAUGAAGGGCGUCGUUGAUGCGUCUCUUAAGCGCACAUUUGAACUGGAUGGCAUCUCCUUUCAAGCAAUGAACCCAAUUUGGGGAACAGAGAAGAGCGUCCGUCAGUCAAGGAAAUUUCUCGUUCAGUUGCUCGAGAAAAUAACGAGCAGGGGAGAGGCGGUAAUCCUCUUUCUUUCUUCAGUCUUGGCGAAACUGCCCCCUCCCCCUCCUCCCCCAGCGCCGCCUGAGCCGUUAAAGCCUCCAAAAGAAACAAAUUCUACCGAGGGAAAGUCGCCAGAGGUUGGAAGAGGCAGAGGCAGAGGGCUGCACCCACCGGGGGCUGGCAGGGGCCGAGGAGUGCCUCUGGCCAGGGGUUCUGGCGUCGGCAUUUCGCCUUUGUUUUCUAGCCCUGAUGUCGAAGGCGGUGUAUCUCCACCGGGUAAAGAAGGCGGGGGAGACGAAGGAAGCAGACAGCAGCGGAAACACGAGCGGGACGACAGCCCCGAUGAUGGCACCCAAAGACGAUGGAAAAAGAAACCACCAUCAAAUGUUGAUUGGAUGCUCAAAUGCAAAACUAAACUUUUCGAGUUGAAAGAGCGCACUGCCAAGAAAGCUAUCUCAGAUGUUUUCCUCACAGAAAGGUCGCUGCAGGAGACAAUUUCCUUUAUUGAUCAUAAUGCAACAAAACUGGAAGCCGUUGCAGCAAAGAGCGCGUCAGACUUCGCCGCGGAAGAUCGCCGCGUGUUCAUGCAGAGCAUCGAGUCGUAUAUCUACGGGCUGGAGAGGGCGCUGAUGCUACUCGCGAAGGAAACGUUAAACAAACGCCAGUUAAUGGGCCUCUUCGACAGCGCCGUGAAGGUUGAGCGGCUGACGACGCCAUCUGAACUGCUGACAGAAAUGAGGAGCAUUACUUCCCUUCUGAACACUUUCGCAUAUAUGCCUAAAAUGGACGACGACGACUAA